AUGAGAAUUAUAGAUGGGAAGAAGCAUCUUCAGAAUCAUCCGCAGAAGGAAUGCGUCCAGAUCUUAUAUAUCAUCAAUACACAUGCAUUUCCUUCAAGGAUGACAAUAGGAAUGCUCUUGGAAUCGAUUGCUGCAAAGUCUUUUCACAAAAAGAAAUGCAUUGCUGGUGCUCCCCCCGUAGACAAAUAUUGCACAGCAGAGUCCAUUGAACUUCUUGAAAUAAUAGUUUAUUUAACAAUGAAAAGAAAACAAUCAAAGAUGCUUCCUUGUUUUUUGUCACAAGGAGGUAGCUUGCAUGGAGAAUAUGUUGACGCAACACCGUUUGCUAAUUCAAAGAAGGCUAAUGAAAAGACUCAACCAAAAUCCGAAACCCUUGUUGAUGAACUCGGUGAAAUGUUAAAGGUUAAGGGGUUUAACUACUAUGGUUUAGAGCAAGGUCUAAAAUAUCGAGAGUUUCGGAAAUAUCGAUGGUGCAAAAACACGGAUAUAUCGAUGGAAAUAUCAAGGAAAUAUCGAUAUCGAUAA